GCCUGUCAGUGAGUGGGAGUAAGGAGAUCUCCAGCCCCCAAGGGAGACAGCCGGCUAGCCUGGGGGAAUAAUCCUCACUCCCGACCACAAGCUGCUCACAGCUCGCCAUGUCCUGGAGAAAGUUGCUGCCGCCCCCUGUCUCGGCUUUCCCACGCUGGAUGAUGCCCCUCUGCCUCUCCUCAGUUGCCCUCCUGCUGCUGAGGGUGGCGGUGCUGCCCCCCUGGACCCCGGGAUUGGGGUUCGGUAGCCGGCAGCAGCAGCAGCAAGCGCCCGGGGAAGUGGGUUCCACUGCCGGCAGGAGGAGGGUGACUCGGCCGGCUUGGAGCCAGAGCACGGAGGGCAGGACUGGGGCUUGCUGCUCGGGAUCCCCCUUACAGGACAGACGGAAGUCACGUCGAUGGCACAUUGAACUCCAACCCUGGGUCAGUUCAUACCACUCACUGGAGGAAGAGGCUGCUCGGUUCCUGGCAUAUAUCAGCAGUUCUCAGAUUUCCUGUAGUAAACCAGAUGAGGAGAUUGGCAGUCUGGAGCUCACCCAGGAACCAUGGCCUGUUUGCCUGGACAGUGCUUUCCACCUCGCUCAGCAGAUCCACAUAAAACAGUGCAGGGUUUACUCAAUCGGACUAGGGAGUGAAGACAAACAUUUUGAGGUGGAAAUGGCCAAAGCUGGAUGUGAAGUUCACUAUUUUGAUCCAAGUCUCAACGAGGCCCACGUUCAGAAGAGUGAAGGUUACUGGCACCAUCGUAUGGCAAUCGACUGGAGAGACCCCAACCCAGCUGUCAUCGCCCAGAAACAGCACAGAGCUACCAAAAGGUUGGCCACUAUAAUGAGCGAAUUUGGUCACAGGAAGAUUGAUGUGCUCAAGGCAGACAUUGAGAGUGCAGAGUGGAAGAUUCUGGAAAACUUAAUACUGGAGAAUGUCAUUGAAGAAAUUGGACAAUUAGUUUUUGCAAUCCAUUUACACUGGCCCGGGUUUGAGAUUAGUGGAAACGAUACCGAUGUUGUUCGGUAUUGGUACAGCCUUCUGAAGGAGCUAGAACUGAGGAACUUCAAGCUCUUCCACAGUUAUAAGGAUAUAAAUAAGCCGCAAAUCUUCCUACGAAAGCAGGCUUUCAACGCUAGUAGCAGCUACGUACUAAGCUGGAUUAAUACCCAGUGGAGAUAGUAUUGAAUGAGGAGAUAAUGACUAGUAACAAACUGCACAGCUCCGUAUAUUUUGAGGACAGAACAGGCAUUAUACUACUGUCAUGACUUUCAAGUGUUUAAAUUGGACCCUAUGAAACAUCAAUUGAUUUGCUUCAGAGAAAACGAUCAGAGAUCAGCAACGUGUACCUCCCUCAGGAUAAAAAGAAAGGAAGACCUUUCAGAGCAACAGUUAAAGUUAUGACUAUGGCUGCUUAUUACCAGAGCUUAUGUUGAUGCUAUGGCUUUCUGCAGACAGUGAAGUGACGAGCAUCAGUUUCUGAUUUGAACAUUACUGAAACUGAUACCUGUAUAGUCAUCGUGACCCAUGUACAUAUAUGGACAAGCUCAGCUGUGAGACAUAUCAGAGGUCAAUGUGGAGUGUGGGUACUGGAGAGCCCAAUCUCAGGGUGGACAUUCACCAACAUCGGUGACAAAGCAAUAUUCACAUUUCUAUUUCUUAAUGUAACAUUUAGGACAAUAAAUAACUUGCCUUCUCUGUAACUGUCAGGAAAUGUUUAAUUUAUGAAUAAGAGUUGGUAGUGUUUC